AUGUCGGUGGCCUCGAUGUCCUCGAUGUCCUUUGACGAUUCGCUCGAAUUUGUUCCGUCGAGACCCGUACCGGCGAAACCACCAAAAAGAUUAUCGAAUCCGACACAGAUUGCAGUCAGCAUGGCAGUUUCACCAAUUGACACGGUCCAGGCAGCGACUGCCAUGAGCAGCUCAGAAAGUGACGAGCAUCCUGAAACGGAGCAGUCACGACCCCGACGCCGUGGUAGCUUCUCUUUCCUCACUCGCUCAAAAUCAUCAGAAGUCCCAAUCAUCCGCAGCCCAUCAGGACGAAGGAUGCUACGCAACAAGAAACUCCGCGAUCAGGAGGAACGCCGUCGUCAAGAGCAACAGAUGCCCGUCAUCUCUCGUUCUCCUCCUAAGCUGCCCAUCCUGCCGAACAUGGAGCCCAUGGAAAGCGGACGCCAGCCCAUCGCAACCUCGUCUGAAAGAGGUGAUCAAUUCCCUCCAAGAAGAUCCUCCGCCGCAGCCAACUUCUCCCGUCCUGGAGCCAAGCAGACAAGCACAUCCAAUUCGUCAAUGCCAUCAAUGUCAUCGACCGGCAGCCUCACCAAUCCUUACGGCGUUCCAUUGCCUCCCAUGCCCAGCUCUCUGCCUCGCACUGAGAGCAUCGUCAGCCGCGGCAGAGAAAGUUACGCUCCCAGCAUCUCUGCCAACAUGCACUCACCUCGCAGAAUGCGCCGCCGAAAGGAGCCAGAGGCUUUCAAGUAUGUCUCCCAUCAUCACCAAUCCUAUUCUAUCGAUCACGACUUACACAUCCAANNUAGCAUCCUCAUCACUGGAGCUAAAGGUUCGGGAAAGACGUCGUUCGUGGAGUUCCUCAAGACAGCUAUGGCCCUGCCACCACACAAGCAAACUCGCGGCCACACUCCUCCGCCUCCAUUACACAACGACUCUCCUUUCGAGUCAUCAUACCUCGAGACUGACAUUGAAGGAGAGCGCAUUGGCGUCACACUCUGGGAUUCUCAGGGUCUGGAAAAGAGCAUCAUCGACCUUCAACUUCGCGAUCUAGCCUCUUUCAUCGAGUCCAAGUUCGAGGAAACCUUCAACCAGGAGUCCAGAGUUGUACGCACACCUGGGGUCAAGGACACCCACAUCCACUGCGUCCUCCUGCUACUCGAUCCCUCUCGUCUGGACAACACUAUGCGCUCCACGGAUCACUCCUCGACUAAGAAGUUCACGGGUGCUGAAGACGAGGUGCUGGAUCUCGAUGUCAUCAGAGCCCUCGAAGGCAAGACAACCGUCAUUCCUGUUAUCGCCAAGGCCGACACUCUUACUGCUGCCCACAUGGCUCAUCUGAAGCGUAUUGUCUGGUCUAACGUGAAGCACGCAAAGCUCGACCCGCUCCAGGCUCUGGAUCUGGAUGAUGAGGACGAGGAUGAGUCUCCUGAUUCUGAGGUUCAUGACAGUGAGUUUUCGCUCUCGGACUACGAGGACCCACCUGUAGCGCGUUCGCCACCACGCAAGGUGACUGAGGAUACCAAUGCCGAAGACAGCGACACUGUGGCCCACUCUUUCCCGGUUAGAAAGUCGUCGAGAGCAAUGCUGGGCCCAGUCUCUUCUAAACGUGCAGACUCUUGUACUCCCGCACCGGAGGAGCUGUUUCUUCCUUUCUCCAUCUUGAGUCCGGACUCGCACACCUCACCAGGUGCUCUAACCCGCAUUUUCCCAUGGGGCGAGGCAGACCCUUGCAACCCUGUUCAUUGUGACUACAUCCGUCUCCGCGAAUGCGUCUUUGGCGAUUGGCGCUCUGAUCUGCGUGUCACUUCCCGGGAGAAGUGGUACGAGAACUGGCGCACCAGCCGUCUCAAGCGCAACCCUACAUCGCGUGUCCGAGUAUCUGGCGGCGUCACUCCCAUCGCUGCAGUUCCCAAGGAAGGUCGCACUGUCUCGCCUAAUCUUACGAACAGGUCUCGUGCUGUCAGCGCUUCUAAGCAAGCAUCAAGAAUGUACGAUGAGAUGCCUGAGAGACCUCGCACGAUGAGCACUAGCAAGGCUGAGCGUGUCUUGGGUAGUCCCAGAGGCAUUGCUUUGUAA